AUCCGGUCCACCACAUGUCUCGUUAGAUGUAACUGCGCUAAAUAUGGCUAACGAUUUGUGCCGAAUAUGUACAGAAUCAGGCCGAUUCUUGUUCUCACUCUUUGGAACGAAAAGUACAGCGUGUUUUGUAGAACUAAUUCAUCAGAUGACGGGAAUUAUGGUUACACCAGAUGAUCACUUACCGAAAUCAAUUUGCAGUAAAUGUUUCAAAGAUCUCGAGACUUCCAAGAAUCUCAUCGAACGAUGCAAAAAAUCGAAUGAUUUUUUGAAAAAUCAGUUUUUACAUAGUGAAGCUGGAUCUUCACAAAAAAUGCAUGAAGGCAAAAGCACACAAGAAAGCGAUGAACCACAAAACGUCCAUUUGGUAGAAGUUUUUGAUGAGGAGUGUAACUUGGAACUGGAAACAACCGGAGCUGAGUUAGAAGUAAUCAACGUAGAUGAUUUAAUUGUAGAAUCCGUUGAGUUCGAUCCUAUUGAAGUCGACACUGAAACUGUUGAAAAUGAUCAACAACCUGCUUAUGGCGAACCAACGUAUUUGAAUGAGUUGAUCGUUAGCGAUCUGACUGCUCAAGUAGCAGAAGAUCACGAACCCAAUUACACGCAAUGUUGCGGAUGCAUCCAACAUUUUUCCUGUCAUGAAAAACUGCAGGAGCAUUCAAAAGUUUGUCACCUGGCAGACAAAGCGAUAUGUGGUCCAGUUCCUGAGAAUCUCAUUGAGUGUAGCAUUUGUUACAAAAUGUUUUCUGGUGUUUCUUAUGUUGACGCUAUGCAUAGAAUUAAUGCUUUCAAAAAUCGAAUCGUGUCUGUAGGUUUUCCAGAAGUAGUACAAUGUUGCUCAUGCGAUUUUAAAACAACUAAAAGAGAAGAAAUGCUACAACAUUCAAAGCACCACGCAGAUAAACGUGCCGGACAUGAUCCUUCCAAACCUUUCGAGUGCCAAUUUUGUUUUAAACGAUACAAAGAAAAACAAUCGCUUAGUUUUCAUCAGAAAUUUAGUUACAGCUACAAAAAACAGCUAAUUGCAAAAAGACGUGGAUGUAGAGCACUGAAAAAACGAACUUCAAUCGAAAGUCAAACUAGCAGUAGGAAAUGUUGCGGUUGCUCUGCGGAAUUUCGUUCGUUGGAUUCGCUCAAGCAGCAUUCUCGGAUGCACCAUGAACUGUACCGUAGUAAGGCAGAUGCGGACCAGUUUGAAUGUGAAAUUUGCUUUAAAAAGUUUCCAACUUUAAUCAGACUGGAACAGCACCGAUUAGUGCCUUACAUGCGCAAGUACAAAUGUGACAACUGCGAUAAAUUGUUUCUCACUUCAAAUCUCCUCGAAAAACAUAUGCGAUAUCACAAAGCUUUGAAAAAGAAUCCGUCAGUUCAGGUUUGCUACGAAAAAAGCGCUCAAUGCGAGGAGUGCGGAAAAACGUUUAAAAACAGGUUUUGCCUUAAAUCUCAUCAGGAUUCCUGCCAUUCACAUGAGAAACCGUUUAGUUGCAGUUUAUGUUCCAAGGCGUUCAAGCGAAAACACACCCUGCAAAAUCAUCUGCGUGUACACACCAAAGAGCAGCCAUACUCCUGUUCGUACUGCCCACGAACUUUCACCCAGCUGACGGAUAAAAAUCGUCACGAAACUACUAUCCAUAAGCUUGAAUUUCCGCUUCGCUGUUCGAUGUGCAGCAAGGGGUUCCCUGCUGGAAGGCGCCAGCAGUUGGAACGCCACGAAGAACUCCAUCAGCACGGUGAGGAGUAUCCGCUCGCAUGCCAGUUCUGCGAUAGAACGUUCACGCGGCUGGAUCAACGCAACCGACAUCAGGCUCGUCAUGUAGCAGAACGGGAAAAGGUGGUCAACUCAGUUUGAACUGAGACCAGCUAAAACCAGCCAAAAUAAAAUCACGAAGAGUCGAAUCUCGACUGGGAGAGAUUGUUAGAGUCAAAAGGUUCGUAGCUUAGCUAGCGCUAACCCCGCAAUUGUCUUGUACACUAACAGUUGACUGCGAAGUUUGUCGAACAUUUAGACAAACAAAUUAGACCAAAUUCCCCGGACUUUGCUUUUUAAAAUACUAAGGACAAUAUUGUCACAUAAAGCGAUAACAUAUUACUAAAUAUUUCUAUAAUUUAAUUUAGGAUAUUCAAAUCAAAUCGUCAAACUCAUCAAUUAAGUAUGCCGUUAAAAUUAGCAAAAGAGGACGGCAUAACUCCAUGCUAGUGACAAAUUUUAUUUGAUGCUUCAUGAUAGUUUCAAUAUACUAAAAUUGAAGCGUUGAUACUGUUUCUUCCAUUAGAACAAUAAAUAU